ACAGCAGUGAUGAAGCGCAUGUGGAAGAGGACGUCAAUAAGACAGAGAAAUCCCUCCUAUAAGUAGGCGGGCACUUCUCCGACAUUCCGACAUUUUGAUUGGACAGAUAUUUUCGCUCUGCCCAAUCCGCACUUUCAUCCCCUAUACCCACCCACACUUACAGCUGAUUUCUCUCCUCCCCCGAUGCUGAACUGUCCCAAACAAGAGACAAAAACAAUUUUCUGCACAAAGGAACAUAAAUACACUUGUCGUCGCGUUUCACACCGGUUCAGCCUCGUUCCUGUCUGUUUAAUUUCCGAUCAUCUCCCAGAUAUCAUCCUAAUACAAACAUGGUUUCACCUGUUACUGUGGUGAAAAGCGAAGGCCCAAAGCUGGUUCCAUUCUUUAAAGCCACCUGUGUCUAUUUUGUGCUGUGGCUACCCACCUCCAGUCCAUCUUGGUUCAGUGCCCUUAUUAAAUGUUUGCCCAUUUUCUGUCUCUGGGUUUUCCUGCUGGCCCAUGGCAUCAGCUUUUUAGGAGCCCAUUCGAGUGCUAGAAAGAUCCUUGCAGGACUUAUAUUCUCAGCUCUAGGAGAUGCCUUUCUGAUCUGGCAGGAGCAGGGCUACUUCAGUCAUGGGUUGCUGAUGUUUGCUAUCACGCACAUCUUGUACUCAUCUGCUUUUGGGAUGAAACCACUCAACCUACGAGCAGGCUUGGUCAUUGGCACUAUCUCAGGCCUUUGCUAUACUCUUCUUUACCCUUAUCUGUCUGGCACCUUUACCUAUUUGGUGGCCGUCUACAUUGCUCUGAUAGGCUUCAUGGGCUGGAGGGCCAUUGCCGGAGUGCAGUUGGCCAACGACCUUUGGACAUGGACCAAGCUAUCAGCCUGCUUGGGAGCCGUUCUCUUCAUGGUGUCAGACCUCACCAUCGCGGUCAAUAAAUUCUGCUUCCCUGUGCCACACUCGCGCGUCAUUAUCAUGGCUACAUACUAUGCAGCGCAGAUGCUGAUCGCCCUUUCAGCCGUGGAGUGCCAGGAUGCUGACGUGGCCAGGAAAAGAAUGUGAGGAGCUUAAAACCUGCAGAGGGUGGCAGCUUCACUCGUUAGGGUCCAUUUCUCCCAAAACCAUUCAUCUUAUACAUCCCUUCCUCAGCAUGAUUCUGUCUGUUUUAUGUGUCUGUAGGGGAUUGACCACUGUUUGAGAGCCUAUGGGGUCUGGUCUGUGUUAAAACUUAAUGCUGGAUUGUGGUUGAGUCCAAACCUGAUCUGGAGUCCUUUUACUUUACUUUAAUAUUAUAGACAGUAUUGGAAUCUCAGUUAUGUGCAACAUGCAUUGCGAAGAAAAGAUUGAAUCUGAUUAAGGCAUAGUGCACUCUUAGUUGUUGAUUUAGGAGUUGACAACAUUGCUAUGUUCUACAACAGCAUUUGAUUUCAUUUUUGCCACUCAGCUGUCUGCUUUAUGUUUCUCCUUUACCACUCUUUAAAAGUUUCAGCCAGACUGAAGAAGUGGGAGUUGUGCCUAUUAUGUAGCCGUCAUGAUCACUGUUUGCUACAUGCUGGUAUAAAAAGAACUGCAUGGCCCAUUUACAGUAUGUGUACUUUAUACUUGGAACCAUUUCUUUUUCCCGAAUAAUCUUUUUACAUGCGAUUUUAUAUUAGUAGAAUGUCGGAUCCUAUGGUUCUGUCAGUAUUCUGCAGUUUGUUCGAUGUUACUUUGUCCUUGUGACAUUUCAGAGUGUUUGCUCUGCCGCUGGCUUAGUUUGGUAUCUGAGCUCUUACAGCGCACACAUACGCUCGUCACCGUCACAUCUACCAGCACUCACCCACUCCCAGCGAUGAUAUUUGUACUUCUGUACUUCUAGCUUAAAUGUGAUGCAAGCCAGGUAAAUGCCCUAUAUAAAGAAAAACAAUUACUUUAGAGGACAUGCACAGAAUUCCUUAUGUCAUUUUUAAGAUGCCUUGAUAGUAAAUCAUCAGCAUUAUUUAUAUUAUAUAUAUAACUGCUGUACUUCAACGUGCGUGUAAAUAGUGAUGUUCUAAACCAGGUAUGACUUUUUACAGAUGUUGUGAGAUAUUAAGGAUUUAUUUGAAGCAACUAAACUAUACAUAUAUUUUGUUUUUUUUUUCAUGAACAGGUCAUGUCCUAUUCAAAUGGUAACAGGGGGUCCUCUCAAAGGCAGUUGUACUGCACUAAGUGAUAAUUUAGACAGACCUGGUAAUUAAUUUCUCUAUGUCUUCUAUAUGCUUCCCAAAGUCUGUUUUUUGUCAAAAAAAUAAAUCUAACUUGCAGAGUGGAAUCUCUGUGUCUGGAAAAAAGUACAAUCAAGGCUACAGUGGUACUAUAUUAUCUUAGAUUAUGCUUACAAUAUUUAAUUAUUCUCUACUGUAAACAAGAGAUUCACAAUUCAGGAAUGACCAGACUGAUCAAACCAGCUAUUUCAAUAUUUUAUUUAUUUAUUAGGGGAUUUUUUUUUGUAAUAAUGUGAUUUCAUGCUGUAUACUUGCACAAGUAAAACUGAUCUACAUAAUUGGUGUAAUUGUUGUCAGAUGCCUCAUACAGUGUGUAUGAAACCUAAUUCAAGGUAUGAAUCAACAUGCUAAGAGAAAGAAUUUAAUCAUCGUUAUUGCUGUCCAAUCUGUAAUAUACAGCAGAUUAUACACCUCAAUAAGCGUCACGGUUCAGUGUACCAGAUGCCUUGUGAUGCUGCAGGUUUUUCCAUUCAAUAAUCUAGAUAAGGGAUCAGUAUCUUUUCUCCUAUUGCUGCUAAACAAGAGGGAACAAACUUGCAAAUGCUAUUGGGUGCUUUAAGUGUUCAGAUGUCGUACAUGAGAUACGUAAACAAUACAGUCCACAGAGCCCUUUUGCCAUUGAGGUCGAGUAUCAAAUAGAAAAUGUUAAGUUCAACUCACCCAAACAUGAGUUGAAUAUUUUAUCCCCAAAUAUAUUAUAGCGCACAUCUACUUACAUCACAUAUUCAUAUUUGAUUAUUAAAUAUUUAUCUUAUUUAUAUACACAAACAAUGCAAACAUUACAGAGCAAUUGAUAUAUCUUUUUUUUUUUCAUAGAAUAUUUUGUUGAUUUUGCCUCUAUUUAUUUUCCUCUUCACUUGCGUUCAUGUUUAAUAAAAAGGAUGUGCACCCACACACAGACACCCAUACUUCUGCACUCUUGCGACAUCAGACUUUAUUUCUGAGCUGUGUGCAGUUUCGCAGGUUUUUUCUUCCCUAUCGACAGUCACGCGGUCAGCAAAACAUUCACUUAGUCUGUGUAAAAUAUGCCACUUGUUGCAUAGUCACCAAAAAAACCGGUCUCAUUGCAGCUAUUAUGUGUUGUCCAGUUUUUUCAAGUUCAGUGUUUUUUUUUUUUUGUCAACUGAACAAGAGACAAAGGACUGAUGACUCUUGUUCGAUUUGUGGCAAGUGAUGAACUUUAGGUUUUAUUUUCAGCCUUCAAACAAAGGGUUUACCUUUGUUGAAAAAGAUUUCAAGUAAAACCCCUUUACAAAUCAAGAUCCUUUGAGGAUUGUAAUGCACUUUCUUCUAAAAGUACAUUGAGGGAUUGAAUCAAUUAGUAUUGUAUGCUUUCAUUUAGAUUUCUAAAUCUAAGGCAAUGUGGUAUGGCUUUCCUUAAGAUAAAUGUCUAAAUGCUCAGAUGAUGUCAGGUUAAACCGGAGUGUUGUGUGCUCCAGUUUAGUGCAUGGCAUGGUUGUUGAGUGGAGGUUCUGUGAUGUGUUCCUAUGUUGUCAUAGUUUAUGUGAACAAUUCAAAAGAGCUCCAGAUCUAAGUCCCCUGCCUCUCUUCUGCUUUCAGAAAGUAAUGAACACUCCGAUUGCAUGUGUGUUCCCCGAGAACUGGUCACGUUCACAGGUUCAGACAAAUAUCCCACCAUUAUAGAGCCUUGCCUUUGUUUAGAGCCUGUCCUAUAGAGGAGAACAGGUGCAGUCAAAGACUGCUGCAUGGAAACCCAAUCCAUGAAGAGGGGCUUAUUGAGUGAGGAAAUGCAGAACAACACAAGGGGGUGGGGUUUGGGGACGAUUCCUUUUCUAUUCGGCCUUGAGCUCACUGAAGGCCCCAUUCAACCCCUGCUAUGACUGAUCACUUUACACUCUCUGUCAACACUUCUACUGUUACUGCUUUUGUGUCUGGAGACAAAAGGGUAUAGAAGAACACAGUAUGAAUGAAGUGUUAAUGACUGUGUCUGUGUCUACCUGCUCUUGUUAUUGUUGUUAUUGUACUGAGUAAGCGAUUGGGAAAGAAACAAAACUUGACUAGCAUGCAGCUGUUCAUAGGCUUUUUGCUUUAAUUAGCUGCUUUGUGGUGUGAGUAUAUAGUCGUUAAAAAACAUUUUCAUAAGCACUCAGAGAUCUUAAAGCGUCCAUAAUCUGGAAGCUGCUUCGUGUGUGAUCCUUUAAUCAAGCUCACAGAUCUACCGUAUUUUAAACAUAAACCAAUAAGUCUUAGCAAUAUCACUUAUGGUACAAACCAGAAAUCUACUGGGAACAAAUGUAGUGAUUCUGAGCCUAAUCAUAUGUGUGCAUUUCAUUAAUUUUUUACAUCAAGUCACUAAAUUCAUUGAGGUUUCUCUAUUGCUAUACCUGCUGGCUGCCAUCAUCCUCGGACAAUGUCUCAGAAUUUAUUCAUUCACCUUACUACUUCUAUAAAUUGUAUAUAUUUGCAUAAAUAUGUAUGCUGUCUUGUAGAACGGCUAAACGUGACUUCAGAAGUCACACCAGGAUAUAAUGUUUUCUUCUUGACUUUUUGAUUGUUUUGUUUGCUGUGGCCAUCAGUUUAUUUAACAUAUUAAGAAAGUUCAAUAGUAUAUUUCAGUCAAAAACAUGUCAGUUUUAUAUAUAUAUAUAUAUGUGAAUAUAUACAGUGAAUACUGUAAUGUAUGCUAAGUUUUCAGUAUUUUUGCCUCACUUUUCAAAAUGUCCACCAGUUAGUUUAUCUCCUGUAUUUACUGUUCUGUAGUAAUUUACCAUAUUGCUCCUUUCCUGUAGUGAAAAUAUUAUGAAUGUGGUUCAAUCUAUAGAAUAAAUAAAUGCAAUUACAAUGCAA